AUGGCGGCGGCCGCGGAGGACGCCGCGUCAUCGCGGCGCGCCCCGGACGCGUCGGCGCCUUCGCCUUCCAAACCGCCUUCCAAACCGCCGUGGCGAUGGCACCGCGGGCGCCGCCGCGCGCACGAGAGCGACGUCGACGCGUCGUGGCGCGCGCGACGGAAGCACCUCUUCAUCCUGAGCGACGCCGGGAAGCCGAUCUACGCGCGGUACGGCGACGAGGCCAAGCUCGCGGGGUUCACCGCCGCGCUCGCCGCGCUCGUCGCCGCGGCGUCGAACGCCGCGGGCGGCGGCGGCGCCGCCGCCGCGAACGAACGCGGCGAACCCGAGGACGCGGACGUCCUGCGAUCCAUCACCGUGGGACCCGCGACCGCGCGCGUCGUGUUUCUCAUCCGCGGACCGAUCUACCUCGUCUGCGUCUCGUCCACGGGCGAGCCGACGCGAUGCCUUCGACGCCAGCUCGAGCUCCUCCACGCGCAGUUCAUCUGCGUGCUGACGCGCGCGGUCGAGCGCGCGCUGCGGAGAUCGUCCAGGAUGGACGUCCGGCAUCUCUUGGGCGGCGUCGAGCCGACGUUCGGCGCGCUCGCCCAUCAGGCGCGUUGGAGUACCACACCGAUGUCGCACGACCACGGCGCGCAGCUGGGCGCGUUCGCGCCGCUGCCGAUGCCGGAGCGAUCGCGCGAGCGCGUCGUCAGAGCGCUGUCGGACGCGCUGCGGGGGAAAGAGUGCGCCGCCGCGGGCGCGCUGUGCGGGUUGCUGCUUACGAGGGACCACGUCGUCGCCGUCGUCGCGAACGGCGCGGUCGUCGCCGCGGGGGGCGGCGGGCGCGGGAGCGGGCGCGGCGGGAAUGGCGGCGGCGGCGGGAUGUCGGCGCUUCGCGAGGGCGCGCGGCGCCUGAGCGUCCGCGCGGCGGGGAAGUCGACGACGCUGCACCCGGACGACGUCAUCGCGUUGAGCACGUUCGUGCGGUCGUCGGAGUCGUUUCGAAGGAACACGCAGUCGUUCUCGCCGGUGUGUCUGCCGAAGUUCGACGCCGACGCGUUCGUCUACGCGUACGUCGCGGAUCUCGAACCGUGCGCGGCGGGAAUGGCGGCGCGCGGCGGCGACGGUACCGCCGACGGCGACGGCGACGGUACCGCCGACGGCGACGGCGACGGCGAGGGCGAGGGCGAGACGAGCGAGUGCCGGCUGUGUCUCGUGCUGGUGUCAACCGCAGACGACGCGUUCCACGCGCUCGCGGCGGCGAGGGUGAAAGCGGAGGCGCGGCUGCGAGAGGAGGGAGCGAUCGCGGACGUGAUGACGCGCGCGGAAGGGCCGGGGCCGGGGCCGGGGCUCGACGGCGGCGACGGCGACGGCGGCGGCGCCGGCGCCGGCUCGAUCGCGAUCUCGCGGCACCUCCCAAAAGGCGCCGGCGGCGGACUUCCCGGGGAGACCCCGCUGCUGCACUUCCUGUAUCACCGGCCGCCGCUCGGGCAGUUCGUCGCGCCGACGUGGGAGGGCGUCUUCGCGGACGACGCGCGCGCGAGGAAAAAAGUGAUUCGGCGGUUCGCGCGCGUCCGCGCGUCCGCGAUCGCGGACGACGCGGACGCGUGGGAGUACGACGACGGCGGCGGGAGCGGCGGCGGCGGCGGCGGCGGCGGCGGCGGCGGCGGCUUGUUCGGCGGCUUGUUCGGCGGCGGCGGCGGCGGUGAGACCGCUGCGCCUCGCGUCGGCGGCGGCGUCCGGCGCAGGGUGCACUACGAACGCAGUGACGACGGCGUCGUCAUCGCGUGCGUCGGGUCCGACUUCGAGCUCUUCGUGUUGCUUCGCGCGGACGCGAGCGAGGAGGCGGGUGUGAGCGUGUGCAACAGGCUGUGCGCGUGGUUGCGGAGAGAGGAGAAGGCGCUGUUCGCGCCGGCGGGAUCGUGA